AUGAGGGAAACUAAUCAUCGAUCUGUUAUAUUGAAUAAACCAGUGGUUACAAUAUCAUCGACUGUGUAUGAUCGAAGGGCUCUGGACACGAAUUCAGAUGUUCCCUUGAUAAAUUCAUUGAAUCAUUUGACUUAUUUGACUUCAAAUUCAAGUAAAGUGCGUGAGACUGUAUCUGAGGACGGUGCAUUGGAUAGAUUGGUUUCAAUACUUCACUGUUGUUAUUUGAACUUGAAUGAGAUACUGGACUAUAACUUAAAGAAGAUUAAUAAACAUGAGCGUGCAAGAUCGAUUUGGAAAGAAAAAAAAUUGGCGAUGUAUGCUUGGAAAUGGACAUUAGCAUUUCAAUGUCUCGUAUUAACAGGUACUAGAGGAACCGAACAGAUAAGAAACCAAGUAGUUUCAUCAGGAGUAAUUCCAUUGUUAGCAACUGUGCUGGAUAAUUAUUUAAUUUACCAUAAAAAUUAUGAUUUCAUUAGAAAUUGCCACAUUCACUUAGAUUUUAAUUCAUUAACUUCAAGAGACGUAUAUAUGUUGCUAAAGAAAGAUACCAGUGAAACUUACGAGCAAUACAUCUCGUAUCUUAUCGGAGAAACAUUCGAAACAGAGGAAGAAUUGGAGAAUUUCUUUAAAAGUGAAGAAUUAUUAUUAUCCACUGAAAUUUCUCCAUCAGAUUUUUCAGAUAUUUGGAAUUUAAAAAGUGAUUUGGUUUCUUCUUUGAACAAAUCACAAAAAUUAAACAAUUCAUCUAAUGAUGAAGAGUUCGAGAAUUGUUUUCGUACAAACUCUGAUCAUAUUCCUCUAAUUUCGGUUCCUAGAGAAUUUUACCUGGGGAGAAUUAUUCCAAAACAAGAUGAUGUCAUUUGGUCUCUUCAGCUCCUGGCAUUCAUUUCAAAAUAUACAUAUAUGAAAGAACAAUUACAAAAUGUUAAUUUAGUAGAUUCAUUAUCAUUCAGAUCAAUAAUUGAUAGAGUUCAAAAGAGAAUGGAUUUAUUAAGUUCAAAAAACAAUAAUAAUAUUAAUAAAAAUGAUAAUCCAAAUAGCGAUAUCGAUAUUAAUAAUAAUAUUAUACCGAAUAUACCUAUAUCACCUAUUGACAUUCAUAUGGAAGAUGCAUAUAAUAUUUUAAGUUUAAAAUCAAUGAAUAUCGAUGAACCAUUUUUAAUGGAAUUGAAAGAAACUCAAUUAAAAUGCCUUCAAAAGGAUUCGAAGAGAGAUAAAAAUAUUGAAUUAGAAAAUCCAUAUAAGGCUUAUAGUAUAGAAGAACCCAAUGUUGAAUUUUCUUCGGAUAGAAUAGUUCAAGAAAAUACUUUAAGGGAAGGUUUUGAACAGAAAUGGGACUAUAAAAAAAUAUCUAAAGAAUUAACACGAGAAACAUGGAUAAGUAUCAUAACUAGAUUUCCAUUGAAUUUAUUUCCUUUGGUAGAAAGGUUUACUGUAACUAAUGAAAAUCCACAUGACAUGAUAUAUUGGAGUUCAGUAAUAAUGAGAAAUUCGUGUAGGAAAAAUGAAAUUACUUGUACUCGUCAAUGUGCAAAUUUUGAAUGUGGUAAAUGGGAAAGUUUUCCGAGGCAGUUUGCCAAAUGCCGUCGUUGUAAAAGGACAAAAUAUUGUAGUCGCCAGUGUCAGUUAAAAGCAUGGACAUUUCAUAGAUAUUGGUGUCAUGAAGUUGGUACAAAAACUCAAAGUAAUGGUACAACUUAUACAACAGGAAAUACACCAAAUGGCAAUAAUAGCGAAGCUGCAUCAACUAGUAAUUUGGGCGUGGUGACAGAAAGCAAUAAUACUGACACAACGAUUACAAUGAAUACGGACAGAAUAUUGACGAAUACUACCAACAAUAUAAUCCAAGCUGAAUUUAUUAAUAUAGGGAACGAAAAUAAUGAAGGAACCAAUGAUGUAUUCGAUAUCAACGACUUAAAUGACAUCGAAAGAUAA